AUGUCUGCAAGAAUCUUACGAUAUUUGCAUGAGAAAUCAGGAGCAGAUCAAUGCUAUUUAGCAAUUUUUAUCAUUUCCGGUAUUUCAAUCUAUUUAAUUAUCGGUGAUUAUGCACGAUUUGUUGCAAAUACAAUUCUUACCGCAGUACCAAUUUUGCUCACCUAUGUUUAUCCGGACGAGAAACCACCAUUCGAUAAUCUUUUAUAUUACUGGAUUAUAUAUGUUAUUGCAACAUUGUUUUUUGAUCCGGAAUUAGAAGAUAAGGGAAGCUAUUAUUGGAUGAAAAUGCUUCUGCUAAUACUAUUAGUAGUAUUUCCCGGAGAAGCUGAUAUGACAGUAUCAAAUGAACAUAAAGAUGAAAACAAUCAUUCGGAAAAAGUAAUAACUAUUACGACUAAUGUUUUAAAUAAGGAUGAUAAAUCCGAUCAACGAUCUUCCGAGAAAAAAUUCCAUCUUUUAUCUGCUAAGCAUCCUCUCACAAAAUAUCAAAUCAUUCGACAACAGCAAGCUCGAAAUAUGACGAAAUCUCAAGUUGAUGCUCUAAAUGAGCUUAAAACUGCUUCAACUCCAAUCAAUUCUUCAGCUAUAAUAGCUUCAAAAUCUGAAAAUCUUUUAACUGCUAAUAAUGCGGAAAAAGAUGGAACCAUUCUGAAAGAGAAAUCAUUAUCUGCAAAUGUUCAGCCUUAUCAAAUUCCAUCUAAAAAACAAGAAAUUCCUGUGCAUGAUGUUCCACAAAUGAAAACAAAGUUGGAUCUCGAAACAAAAAAUUCCGGAACACAUACUACAUCGAUAGCUGAUUCGUUGAUUAUUCCUGAAACUAAAUUCAAUGUUUUCGUGGAAAAAUUUCAAACUGCUACUUCAUCAAACAAUUCCCAUUCAAUAGCAGCAGAAAAGAACGAUCAUCAACCGGCAAAAAAAUCGCAAAUGUUUGGAGAAGAAAAAUUUUCAGAUAGUUCUUUUAUUACAAAAUCUGAAAUUAUUUCUGCACAAGCGCUUCCAAUUACUUCUGCAAGCAGAUCUCAAAUGAUAUCAUCAGAAAAGCAAAAAAUUGAUUAUGAAGAGCUGGCUCAAUUUACACCAGUAAGGAUUUCGCAAUCUGUUUCCGUGAAACAGGAUAAGAUAGUUUCUGUAAAGGAAUCAGAAAUAUUUUCUGCACGAAAGCUUCAACCUUUAUGCACCAAAAAGUAUGAUGCAAUAAAGAUUCCACAAGUUGUUCCAAAAAAAGAUUCUCAAGCUUUUUCAAGAAAUGAACCUCAAAUUCGGAAAAUUCAGCUUCCUCCUUCAAGAAAACCUGAAACUACAUAUUUCAAGAUUGUCCAGAUUAAGGAUAAAAAGAAAACAGAGGAAUUGCCAGGAAUUUUACUAAAUGAAUCUAUAAUAGUUCCAGCUGAUAAACAUCAAAUUAUUGAUUUGAAAGAAUCUGAGGGCACCACAAUGCAUGAAUCUAUGAUUAACUCUAGCUCGGAUCGAGGAAUUCAGGAACUUCAAAAUAUCUCUACGCAAAGAUCUCGAAGUAUUUUAUCCCAAACACCUGAAAUUAUUUCGACAAAUGAAAUUCCCCUUACACCAUUAAAAAUUUCUACCACUGCUUCUACCGAGAAAUCUUACAAUGUCUCGGAUAAGGAUAGUGCGAACUCUCAUGUUACUCCAAAGCAUGAAUUAAAAACAGUUUCGGUAGAAGAAUUGCAAAUUCCUGAGGCUCUUAAAGAGCAACAAAUUUUGCACGAAAAGGAAUCCGAAAUUGCUCCAAAAUUGAAGACUGAAUCGAUGGUGCAGAAUCCUUCCGCUGUGAAACUUCAGAUUUCUUCUUUGAAAGAAUCUGGCACAGUACCUCCAGUAGAAACUCAAAUUGAUCCUACGAAAGAAAUAAUUAAUACAUCUGAGAAACAACCGAUAACCAUUUCCGAUACAAUUAGUGAUUCUGAAAAAAAUGAUAAUGAUAUUGAAGCGAAAAUUUCUCACGAUACUUCUGAAGAGAAAAAGUCAUCUAACGUUAUCACGUGGGUUGCAACUGGAAAAACCGUCGUUUCAAUGCAAAAUGUACAAACUAAAAAGAAACAUAUGACAGGUCGAGGAUUACGAUUUUUGCAUGAAAAGACAGGUUUAGAUGAAUUCAAUUUGGCUGUUCUCAUUGUUGCUAUCACAUCUGUAUACUUAAUGAUGGGAAAAGAUGCGCAAAUGUUAGCAAAUGCAAUUCUUACGCUGACGCCAAUCUUACUUACUUAUGUUUUUCCGGCUGAAAAACCGCCUACACCACAACUUCUUAUAUAUUGGUACAAUUAUUUGUUAUUAAAUACAUCAUUUUUAUAA